CCAGUUUUGCAAGCUGAACGUUGUUUACUUACUUCAUCAGUCCCGGCGCUUGCGAUUCAUUUCGUCUUCCUCGGAGAAGAAGAGAGAUGUUGAGUCGAUGCUCGAUGCUUCCAUCGUCAAGCGACGUCCAAUCGUUGCAGGGCUUGAGCGGGAUCCGACAUCUCGCUGAAUCGCGUCGCUUCAAGGCCUGGUUCUUGGAUCAAUUUGGUGUCCUUCAUGAUGGCAAACAGCCCUAUCCUGGAGCAAUUUCAACAUUAGAAAAACUAGCAAGUAAUGGUGCGAAAAUGGUGAUCAUAAGUAAUUCCUCUAGGCGUGCAUCAACAACCAUGGAAAAGAUGAAGCAUCUUGGAUUUGAUCCUUCUCUCUUUGUGGGAACCAUCACCAGCGGAGAACUCACGUAUCAGUACUUGAAGAGGAGAGACGAUGCUUGGUUUGCUGCCCUUGGGACAUCGUGCAUUCAUAUGACCUGGAGUGACCGUGGUGCCAUAUCUCUAGAGGGCUUAGGCUUGAAAGUUGUGGAGAACGUUGUAGAAGCGGAGUUUAUUUUGGCUCACGGAACCGAAGCUUUGGGUCAGGCUUCAGGUUCAGUACGACCUAUGAAAUUAGAGGAUCUCGAGCAAAUAUUGGAGCAAUGUGCAGCUAAAAGAAUUCCUAUGGUGGUAGCCAAUCCUGAUUUUGUGACAGUUGAGGCUAGAGCCUUGCGCAUAAUGCCCGGUACAUUGGCAUCCCAAUAUGAGAAGCUUGGAGGUGAAGUGAAAUGGAUGGGAAAGCCUGGUAAGAUUAUCUAUGAAGCAGCUAUGAAGAUGGCUGACGCAGAUGCUUCUGAUUCUAUAGCAGUAGGAGAUUCUCUCCACCACGACAUUAAGGGCGCGAAUGCAGUUGGAAUCCAAUCGGCCUUCAUCACGUGUGGAAUACACGCCUCGGAACUUGGACUUGACAGUUUUGCAGAAGUUGCGGACAUAUCUCGUGUAGUGGCUUUAGCGUCCAAAUAUAGUUCUUGUCCAUCAUACGUGUUGCCUGCAUUUACCUGGUAGAGUAGAUUCUGGUGAGUAUUUUCAUGGUAUUUUUAUCUCGAGUAGGGAAUACUUGCAGAAAAUUAUUCACUUUUAGAGGGCUCAACUAUUAGAAAAUAUUUGUAAGGCAAUGAUAGGAGUUUGACUCUGAUUUACCUGGAGACUACUUUUGCACAAUGGACUGUAUCUUUUUGC